AUGUCCACACUAUUCAGAGGAAGUGCUUGCUUUUGUCCCUCCCUCUACUGGAUGAUUACAGGAGAGGUUGAACUUGAGAAGGAGCCUUUACCGAAUGAGCACGAGGAUCUUUCUCAUCUCUUGUUCUCUUCAAAGUCAAAUCAAACGAAGCAACAACCAUCGUCAUCAUCGAGUAUGAAGAGAAAUCAACAAACCAAGAACCAUCACGACCAUGAUAUUAGCCUUUCUUCAAUGUCAGGUUUGGCAUUUGGUGACUAUUCUGAACAGGUAACACCACAAACCACACUCCGAAGAAGAGAGCUCCUUGUGGAGAACACUCAGGAAGAACAAGCAAUUCUUAUUAUUUGUAAUUUAGAGGCAGAGGCAAAUGGUGGUGGUUCUUCUUUGAUGACUGCCAGCAAAAAGCAGCCAAAGCAAAAGAGUAACAAAUCUUCUUCCAAAGUGAUUCACCGUUCACAAUUGGCAACUGGACAAGUAUUGUACAUUCCCAAAUCGAAAGUGUAUGUGAAUGGUACACAUGACCAACAGGAAGAGGUCUCUCGCUUGAAUGGUCAAUCUGCGAUCAAGUAUUUGGUGGUUGCAAGUCAUGUCAAACUAGUUCCUCGUAAGAGUGCCAUCUUCAAUUUUUUCGAGAAUACUCUUGAAUUAAGGUUGUCUCAAUAUCAACAAAGAUGGAGACAGCAUCAUGACACAGAGGAGUAUGUUGGAGGGGAGGAGAGGAUGCUACAACGAAUCACCACUUCACAUUCGAAUAUGUCAUUCAAUGGUCACAUGUUGCAACAUGACGAGAGAAAAUUUGUUAACUCAGCACAAAAAGAUGUUUCUGGCACCCUUAGUCAUGAGGCUGAACAGAAGAAGAGAAAACUCGUAGAUACCUCGGUACAAUGUGAAAAAGAGGAAUUGACAACCCGUAGAGAGCAUUCAAUAACCAAGCGUAAUAAUUCUGCAGCCACGAUGUCGAAUCAGAAUACACCUCAAACUUGCCUUGACCCUCUGUCUGAUGACGAAGUGACACCAUCAUUUCAACACAAAACUCAGUCUCCUUUAAACUUCUACGAUUCUACUACACGAUUUGAAAUUGAACAGAAACGAGUGGACCUAUUCAAGCAAAAGCUGAGGGAAAUUGUUAAAAAGCAUACUAGUACCAGCAAUCCAUGUUCCAUUGCACAAAUUCAACUUCCUGACCGAACAAGUAAGAGAACAAAGAAAACCAGAGAACCAAAGAAUGUUCACACAUCAGCAAAAUCAAGUGUAUACUUAGAAAAGGAUGAUACUUCUGAAAUGUCUGUAACUUCAUCGAUUGCUUCAUUCAUGUCUGAUUCUCCCAUGUUAGAUUUGAACAAAUCCUUUAGAAUUUCGAAUGCUGCUGAGUGUAAAGAAAAGCCAACAGCAAACCUGAACGAGGCCUUCCUAAUUAGUGACUCUCAAACGGGUGCAUACAUGGACGAGACAUGUGUUUCUGGUUGCGUUUCAGGUGGUGAAACUCCAAGCAUGUCUCAUGAAGCCAAACAUCGAGGGGCCACUCAGCUUCAUGGUUCAACGAAGGCCGUUCUGAAUGGUAGUGGUGACAAUAGUAAGGAAGUUUCACACAUUUCCAUGACACCCUCUCUGUUGACUCCAUCUUCGCCAAUCGAAAUGGUACGUUACCAACCAGCGGUGGCCACACGAACGGAGAGCAAAGAUCUCAAUUCUUCAGAGAUUCAUGAAACAUCGCUCACACACAUUUCAGAUGGUGAUAAUACUGUGAGCAUUUUCAUGGAGGACUCUCCUGUUGAAUCUAAGGAAAAUCAACCCUCAGUACUUGAAGACUCAAAGGUGUCACACUCAUCAAGUAUGAACUAUUUCAAUAACUCCACGACAAGGGAACAUCAGUCUAUCCAAUCCUCCACCAACGCCAAAGUGGUCGAAGGAGGCUCACAAAGCACUUCUCGCAUCACCAAGUCACCAAAAAGUGGAAGAAUGUCAAACAAGUACGGCACUUAUUGCGCACCAUCCAUCAUUGAUACUUCUCCAAUUCCCACGUCGUCAUCAUUCGUCACUCCUUCUCAACCUUCACAAGAUGACAGCGGUCUUUUGAAUGCAGCUCAGCUACUUUCGAGUAUUAAGAGCCCGAACAUGGAAAAGUAA